AUGACGCCCUGGACCAAAGUAAUUCUCAGUCUGGCACUCUUCUCGCCUGUCAUACAUGCCAAACCAUCGUGGCCAAAGCCAACGAGCGGCAUCUUUAAUAUUAAGAACUUUACCUUCGACUCCGGGGAGAUCAUCAACUCCUUUAACAUCAGCUAUCAGACCCUCGGCGAGCUCAAAGUCAAUCCGGAAGGAUCCAACAACGCAGUCGUUCUCCUCCAUGGCACUACUGGUUCCAGUGCUCAAUUCCUCGUGGAAGAGUUCGCUGGUGCUCUCUUUAACCCAGGCCAGCCUCUCGAUGCCAAUGAGUACUUCAUCAUCAUGCGCGAUGCCGUCGGUCACGGCAACUCAAGCAAACCCAGCAACACUGAUCUUCGCGCCUCGUUUCCGAAGUAUCAGUAUCCCGAUAUGAUCCGCGCCGACCAUCUUCUUUUGACUGAGCACUUCAAACUCAACCGGACCCGUUUGACACUUGGCGUGUCUAUGGGCGGCAUGCAUACUUGGAUGAUGGGCGGCGAAUAUCCUGGCUUUUCGGAUGCUCUGAUGCCUAUUUCUUCAUCUCCAGUUGAGAUAGCUGACCAUAAUCGCCUAUUCCGAAAGUUUAUCACUGAGCUUAUCACCAUCGAUCCAGCCUGGAAAGGCGGUGACUACGACAAGCAGCCAACUGCUGGCCUUGGCGGUGCACUGAUGAUUCAGCUUGUGCUUCUUUCAUCUCCUUCAUACUGGCAGCGAGCAUUCCCAACCCGUGAAGCCAUGGACAAGUACGUUGAUGAUCAGAUCAUUCCUCGCCUUGAAGAUUUCACCUAUAACCCCAAAGCCGGUCUCAAGAACAUUCGCGUUCCUCUGACUGCUGUUAAUACUGCCGAUGAUUUGCUGAACCCGAUCGAACUUGGAUUCUUGGAGGAUGGUGUCACGAACGACAUGACGCUUGGAUAUGGCCGUGCAGUUACUAUUCCUGCUAGCAACGAGACCACGGGUCACGAUAGCUACAUCAUGGCUGAUCUUUGGAAGAAUGAGGUCGAGAAGCUUCUAGCUCGGUCGAGAUCGUAA